GAGCUUUCUCCUCUCGGUCAGUGCAUAUGCAGAUACGAUGAGUGAUGAACGCCCCGUUAAGAGGUGGUUCAAGCGGGUUUUCGAGCGGGAUUCAGCAAGGGGGUCAAAGGUGUCGACGAGACAUGACGCUACCAGAGUGCCUGUGGUGACAACAAAGAAUGGCUCCCCCUAUGCUUCCAACGAGUCGCAGGCGACUUUCACAGUCCCAGUUACUCAGCAGACAACCACAGACCCUUCUGCCUCGAUUACGGCGCUUCGGGAGAAAAGAAUCUCAUCAGCCAUUCAAGACAGAGAGAAGAGUGCCGUAACUCUGAGUGCGGAUCGAAAGCAAGAUACUGAUAGCAGCGUCGCUGAAGUUACUUCACCUUCUCUCUGGGACAACGCAUAUGAUUCUCUGAGGCAAGAGAAACCUGAGUUGUUGUCUGAGUAUGAAGACCUUUUUUCCAGAGUGCUCAUCAAGGCUGAAACGAGGACCUCAGCGGUCCCAACUCAGGAAGAUGAUACAAAACCUGUCAGAAAUCAGAUCCCCCAGGGAAAACAUAGCCUUGCGUCGGAAGAAGCUGAAACAGAUAACCGAGCUUGGCCUGAAGCAUAUGGAAGAUAAGGAGGUCAAAGUGACUGUUCUAGGCCAUGAUGUCAGUCUGGAAAACGGAGUGGGUAAGAUCGGC